UAAAUCCAUUUGUUUCAUGUCUAAAAGUUUUCACUGGAAGAGCAGAGAAGGGGGAGUUCUGCAUGAGAGGACAGAGAGAGAAAGAGGGAACUGGGCUGGGUGAAAAAAAGAAGAGAAAAAAAAAACUACACGGGCUGUAGGACUCAAGGCGACUAUAAAACAGCUUUCUUGCCCAUUGUGUUGAUGUAGUCAAGAAAUAUACCGUAACGUACAGACAGACGGAGAUGGAGGAGUGAGGCGGGACCGGUUUGUGUGGCUGCUAAGAAAAGUUUGUCUUGCGGUUUGCGAGCAAACUUUGUGAGGAGAUUUAUUUGUGGCGGGGUCUGCCUAUGACAGUCCUCUGAAACUUUAACUCUCGUGUUUGAGACGCAGCAGUGCACAUAAACAAGCCUUUUAUUAUUUUAAUGCUCGUAAAAUAAACGGCAGUUCAGUAUAUCUGUCCUCUAGUCACAGUUGCAAGAUAAGCGGGACAAUAUUAGGAGAGUUUUUUUGCUGAGUGGGUUCUCUGUACAGUUGACGCGGCUGAAAUGGGAGCGCAUGACGGGCGCUCGGUGUCUGCGGUUCACCGGAGCUCUUUCCUCUUGUGGACGCUGCUGCUGAUACUGUGGCUGACAUGCGUUCAGGGGACGUGGGGACCCGGAGUUUACAAAUACCAGACCGGGACAGUACUCCACAAAGAUCUGUCGAAAAGGAACUGGUGUCCGCAGACGGUGACUAAGACAGUGACUUGUCAGGUACAGAAUGGCACCACGCUCCAGAGAGUCUAUCAGACCUGCAGGUGGCCUCAGGGUUGCAAUGGGGGAAGCUAUCGCACUGUGGUCCGGCCGUCCUAUAAAGUUGUGUACCGCACCAUCACCUCUCUGGAGUGGAAAUGUUGUCCUGGAUACAGCGGAUCUCAGUGUGAGGAAGGAUCAUCAAGUAACCUGGUCGCCCAGGAGGCUGUAAGGAAACAGGCUACGUUUCUGAAACAUGCUGCUAAAACAGGAGAACAGAUCUCGAACUGUCUGAAUUGCAGUCGUAUCACUGCCCUCACAGAUCGUGUGAGCUCUCUAGAGGCCAAGGUUCAGCUUCUUACUUCCCCUGCCUCCACCUAUCAUCGACAGACGGAGUUAAAAAAUGAACAUGAUUCCUCCUCCCUGAUGGGGGCACCACCUGCUAAAGGUGCUCCUGGGGCUCAGGGUCCCGCAGGUCCACAGGGCGAGAGAGGCCAGGAUGGCUUACCUGGUAAAGACGGUAAACCAGGUUCUCGAGGUCUGCCAGGACCCAAAGGAGAGGCGGGUACCAGAGGUCCAUCUGGGGCUCCAGGGUCUAAAGGAACAGCUGGUCCUCAAGGUCCACAGGGACCACCGGGCCUCCCAGGAGAGAGGGGCCUCCCUGGGCCACCCGGCCCUCCCGGGCCCCCUGGCCCACCAGCCCCUGUGCCUGAACAAGAUUCUGGCCUGAAAAAAGACAGUCUCCUUCAUAACAACUUCCCUGACCUCCGAGUGACCCCUCCACAUGGACCACCAGGUCCACCUGGACCCACCGGUCCUCCAGGACCAGUAGGACCCUCUGGACCUCCAGGCCCUAUGGGACAAUCUGGAAAGCCAGGAGUUCCUGGUUUGCAAGGCCCAGUGGGUCCAAAGGGAGAACGAGGAGAAAGAGGACCUCUUGGAUAUCCAGGAGAGAGAGGAUUCAAAGGAGAGCCGGGAGAGCCAGGACCUAAAGGAGAGCCAGGGGAAAAAGGUCUUCCGGACUUUAAUUUGAAGAAGUUCCAAGACUUGCAGGCUGACUUAGAGCUGCUGGCUCGCAGGGUGCAGCUGCUGGAGGCGAUCAUCUGGCCAGAACCAGAUGUAGGGUCAGGAGAUGGCCUCUUUGGCACACCAUCUCCAGACAUCUACCGGAUUAAGAGGGCAAGAAUGUCAUCUUUGCGGGUCAACUCUCCCUUAAUCACUGCUGAGACCAAGGUUCGAGGGAAGUAGUCUGCAUAUUCCAAAGAGUGAAGCCAUCGUUUCCAUCUCAAUUCCAUUAUCCGUAAAUCAGAUGAACUGGCAACAAGUCCCCUGAAACACAUGCAUAUUACAGAUCCAACCGCUUUGGAAUAUUCCAGUUAAUCCAGAACCCUCAGGGAAGACCAAAUGGUGCUGUAUAAAUUAACCACCUCUAAUGGGACUCCAGAGGUUCCUAGCACCUCUCCUCUGGCAAAUUAUUGUUGUUUGCUGUCAUGUUGUGUCACUCUUAUGACAUAACCAGAUGAACACAAUCAGUCUCAGAAGGAAUUUCUCAACUUAUUGUUUGAUACUCAUUUCACAUGAAAAAAUAAACAUGUUUUAGAACACAAUAUAGAGAAACAAUAUAGGUGCUUGUACAAUUGUGGGCAAGAAGGGUACAAAACCUGAUGGCAUAUAUGAUGGAGAUGAAGAAGGUUUUAAGGAGAGCAUCAAACCAUAUUAUUAGUCUUUCCAGCUGCUGUUAGGAGCUUAUAGUAUCUUCAGCAAAUGUACUGUAUGAGGAAAAUGCACAUAACGAUUCUGCUAUUCAGCCAAACACCACACUUUCCCCAAUGAUAAAAACUGUUUUCAUAUUUCGUUCCUUGGAUUAAAUGCACUAUGUAGAUAGAGAAUCACCUUGUUUUUCAAAGAGAAAGGACAAUUGAAGGACAUAAACGUGUAUAAACUUUAAUAGACAAUUCAGUUUUAAUAGAAAAUGGCUUUGGGUUUCUUCUCCCUUUUGAAAUGGAUUGAAGCUGUAACUAGAUUUGAAUUGGUGAAAACGAAUUGUUUCAAUGUUUAUAAAAUCUUUUGGUAAAGCAUGCCUGUGAGGAGCAUGAGUUUAGGUGGUUCUGAAUUCAAUUUUAGGAUUCUCCUCUAGUUCAGGACAAUUAUUAAGUAACCAUAAAAUUAAUAAAAUAAAAUAAAAAAGUGCAAUUGUAUGAGCUAGAGGACUAUAAACUAAUUAAGAUCUAACUGGAGCACAAGGGGAAGUGGGGAAACUACUCAUUUAACUUGAAUUCUGUUUUUGUGUUUCAUGCAUGUCUUUCCAUCACAGUUACAUGCACAUGCAUAGGACUGGUUUCCGUCCUCGAUACUUUUUCAUGUCUUUGUAUUCCUAUAUAAAUAUUGUUGUAUUAAUUAUUUAUAGAUGAUUAUUAGCAAUUGAUGUUUUCCUUAUUCUGUAUACCAAUUCAUGUAACGUCACCUGUAUUUUUCCAUUUCUAGCCUUGUUGUGUGAAUUUGUCUUACCAAUUGGUGUUAAAACGAAAUAAACUGUUGUGUUUCUUUUUUAAGACAA